AUGCUGAUCAAUGAUAUAGUUGCAAAGGAACUUCCAGAGUUUCUGUCAAUUUUGACAGAUUUACAUAAACAGGGUGAUGACAUAGCUUCCUAUGUAACUGCUUUGCACCAAAAAAUUGAAUCAAACAGAGAGGAUGGAAUAAGUUUUCUGGAAAUGAAAUGUCAUUUAUUUCUUGAAUAUCAAAUAAAUUUGACUUAUUUAAUGAUUUUAAAGAUUGACGGACAGUCAUUUGUGGAUCAACCAUGCAUUGAUCGUCUAGUGGAGGUAAGAACAGUAUUGGAGAAGAUACGACCUAUUGAUAAAAAGUUGAACUAUCAAAUUGACAAACUUGUGAAAAUGGCAUCAGAGGAAUUAGGUGAAUAUGAGCACCAUCCACUAAGUUUUAAACCAAAUUUAGAAAACUUAGUUAGUAAAGAAGAUGAAAAUGAAAACGCUUCAGAGACAGAGGAGAAAAGUGGGGUUUAUGUUCCUCCGAAAGUUACUGCUGUACCUUACGAAGAAGAAAAUAAGUUAACACAAAAAGAGAAAAAAUCUGAAAAGGCGAGACAACGUUCUCUAAAUAGUGCAUUGUUGCAAGAUUUAAGAGAGGAAUAUGGCGAUGCUCCAGAAGAGAUCAAAAACAUUCAAACUAAUAGUAAGAGAGCCAAAAUAAAGGAAAAAGAAGACGAACGCAGACGAUACGAAGAAGAUAAUCUGACACGAUUGAGUUUAACGAAGAAAGAUAAAAUGAUGAAGCGUAAACUUAACGAUUUAGAUGAAAUUGUUAAAAUUGGUAGCUUCAAAGAUGAUGAAAGCAGCGAUGAAGAUGACUAUAAGCCAAAAAAGAAGAAAGGAAAAGGAAAGAGGAAAUUUGGUGGACAAACAAAAAAGUUUCAGAAGAGAAUGCAAAAAAGACGAAAAUAA